GACGUGGCGACAUAACCGUAGAGCCUCCCCUUUUCAUCAUUUCCCCUUCACGUUCAUUCUCAUCCAUUUCCCCCCUUCAUAUGAUUCCAAAACCACACCUAUACAUACAACCCCUCCGCCUAUACAUACAUCUCUCUCCCUCACAAAUCUCUCUCAUUCUCAUCUCUCCCCAUCUCGAUCAAAAAAACUCCAAUUAAAUUAAAUUAAAAUUAUCAUCCUCAAGCUCGAUUCAGUUUAUAUAUGGAGUAAUUUAAUUGAUCUGAUUGAAUUGCUUUGUUUCGGUUGAUUUGCGUCAGCUGAAGCACAGCUAGGGUUUGAACGACGUCGUUUUAGUUCGUGUUUUAGCUUCCGCAGUGUUUGAAGUGAAAGAUGGCAUCUAGUGAGGGGUUUCUGACAGACGAGCAAAGGGAAAUGUUAAAGAUAGCGACAGAAAAUGCAGAUGUUUUCUCUACUUCACCGAGAUCACCUUCAGGUCUCAAGUCUCCAACUCGCCUGAUGGCCGCACGUCCGAUUAAAGCUCCUGCUAAUUAUAAGACCGCAGCUGAGAUUUGUGUGAGGCAUGUGCGGAGGACCCGCUCGGGGAAGUAUGUGCGAGUCAAGAAGGAUGGCGGCGGCGGCAAGGGAACAUGGGGAAAAGUACUUGACACUGGUGCUGAAUAUCGUAUUGAUCGUAAUGAUCCUAACUAUGACAGUAGCGAGGAACCAUAUCUACUUAUUGGAUCAAUUGUUAACGAUCCCUUGGACGAAUACAAGAAAGCUGUAGUUUCUAUCAUAGAAGAAUACUUCAGUACAGGUGAUGUUGAUGUUGCGGCAUCUGAUCUUAGAGUAUUGGGGUCAGGUGAAUAUCAUCCUUACUUCUUGAAGAGAUUAGUCUCCAUGGCAAUGGACAGGCAUGACAAGGAGAAAGAAAUGGCGUCUGUGCUGCUUUCAGCUCUUUAUGGUGACAUUAUUCCAUCCACCCAGAUAAGCCAGGGUUUUUUCAUGAUUCUCGAAUCUGCUGAUGAUUUGUCAGUGGACAUAUUAGAUGCUGUUGAUAUUCUUGCUCUGUUCAUUGCCCGUGCUGUGGUUGAUGACAUUCUUCCUCCAGCCUUCAUUACCAGAGCAAAAUUGGCACUUCCAGAGUCUUCCAAGGGAUUUCAAGCUCUUCAAACUUGUGAGAAAAGCUAUCUUUCGGCUACGCACCAUGCAGAACUUGUGGUACGGCGGUGGGGUGGCAGCACCCAAGUCACGGUCGAUGAAGUUAAGAAAAAAAUUGCAAAUCUCUUAAAAGAAUAUGUAGAGAGUGGUGAUACUUCCGAAGCUUGCAGAUGCAUCCGUGAGUUGGGGGUCGCAUUUUUUCAUCACGAAGUCGUAAAAAGGGCUCUUAUUCAAGCAAUGGAGAUUCCGGCAGCAGAGACAGCUAUACUAAAGCUUUUGAAGGAAGCUGCAGUGGAGGGCCUGGUUAGUUCCAGUCAAAUGGUAAAGGGUUUCGCUCGACUGGCUGAACGCUUGGAUGAUCUUGCUCUCGAUAUCCCAUCUGCGAAAACAUGGUUCGAGUCCCUGGUUCCUCGUGCCAUUACUCAGGGAUGGCUUGAUGCAUCUUUCCUAAAGUCAUUUGAAGAAAUUGGAGAAAUGAAUCAAGAAGUUGUUGAAAAGAUGAAACAAUACAAGGAAGAGGUGGUUACAAUAAUACACGAGUAUUUUCUGUCAGAUGACAUUCCAGAACUCAUCCAGAGUCUUAAAGAUUUAGGGGAACCCGAAUUUAACCCAAUUUUCUUGAAGAAGCUGAUAACUAUUGCUAUGGACAGGAAGAACAAGGAGAGAGAAAUGGCAUCUGUUUUGCUUUCUUCACUUCAUAUCGAGUUAUUCUCAACUGAAGAUAUUGUCAGUGGCUUUGUUAUGCUUCUCGAAGCUGCAGAAGAUACAGCACUGGAUGUUGUAGAUGCCUCAACUGAACUGUCCCUCUUUCUGGCCAGGGCUGUCAAGGAUGAGGUUUUGGCCCCAAUGAAUUUAGAAGAAAUAGGCUGGAGGCUACCACCAAAUUGCAGUGGGAGCGAGACACUAGAUAUGGCUAAAUCACUUGUAGCUGCUCGCCAUUCUGGUGAGAGAAUCUUGAGGUGUUGGGGAGGUGGGACAGGUUGGAUUAUAGAGGAUGCCAAAGAUAAGAUUGUAAAGCUACUCGAAGAGUACGAAAUUGGUGGUGUUUUGAGUGAAGCUUGUCGAUGUAUCCGUGAGCUUGAUAUGCCUUUCUUCAGUCAUGAGGUUGUAAAGAGGGCUUUGGUUAUGGCCAUAGAGAACAAUAAUGACAAAAUGCUGGAUCUGUUGGAUGAGUGUUACUGCGAGGCGUUGAUAACAACUAAUCAGCUUACCAAAGGUUUUACCCGGGUUUCUGACACAAUUGCGGAUUUGGCUCUUGACAUUCCUGGCGCAGAGGAGAGGUUUAAUAACUAUGUUGGGUACGCUCAGAAGAAAGGAUGGCUCCUUCCCUCAUAUGGUUCGUCAGACACAGACAGUCCCCUACUCUCCGCUGCUGCUUGUUGAUAAUGACGUGAUCUCUUUCCCUUCUAGUAUGACUUGCUUGCUUGUUAUACUCUAAGUGCUACUUUGUUUCUGUGCAUCAAGUGGUUAUAGAAUAGAUAGAAAGAAGUACCUGUUCUUGUGAAUUUAUCUUUCUCCUGUGGAUCUUUUUUCUGUUGUUUUCUGGUACUUGGAUCGAAAUUCUCAAAAUGUAUAAGCGUCGGAUAUCUUGUUUUUUUAGAGCGUCGGUGUUGGUUUACUGAUGCUUUUAAAGUAGGAGAACUUUGUUGUUGCUAUA